UGUCUUUUUCAGGAAGUAGUUCAUGGACUUGCUUGACUGAGAAGACUGGUUGAAGAUUAAUUGAAAAAUGGGAACUCGACGAAUGCUAGAAUUGAAGAGGCUGAUGAGAACAGAACAUGUUUCCUACAUCAAAGGGGAAGUUUCAUUUUGCUCAUACCAGAUUUCAAGAACAUGUGUUCUUGAUUCACUUUUGGCUGCCUUUCACAUUACAUUCUUAAUGUUUUCAAAUGUCGAAGAGCUUUUUAAUUCAGAUGAGAUCUUUAAAAAUAUUAUGACUUUGCUAAAUGGCAAAAAGUAUGUUGAGGCUAAAGUUGUUUGUGCAUGGCAGCUGAAACAUGUUAAAUUUGAUCACAAAGGUAAAAUCGACUUUUAUGGCACUAUUCAAGACCAUUUCCCUUUGUAUCAUCGCCUCGUACGUGCUGAAAUGACCUGUGACCAGAAAUUCUCAAAUGAUAGUCCCAUCUACGAUGAAAUACUCAGCAUUUUUAAUACAUUUGGCUAUAUAAAGGCUUUGGGACAUCCAGCAGAUCCAACUCUUCUUCUUGGGUUCUGUUUGACUAAUGAACCACCGCUUCAUGUUAAAGAUAAGAAGAAAAGGACAUUUAAGCUUCAAUUUUUGCUGCUUGGGAAAGAAGGUCACAUGACUAUGUGUUUCAGAUUGCAUGAAAACCAAUGGAUAUUUUAUGACAAUGACAAAUCAAAGCCUUCUUUCCAGCUUUUUCCCUUUAAUCUGAUUAAAGACUAUAUCAUUUGUUUGGCUGGAUAUGUCAACAUAACCCAGGCACAGGAAUAUAAACUUGGCAUUCCUGAAACUGGAGAAGGAACAGGAGCAAGUCCUUUCUAUUCAGAUUCAAGGAGUUUCCCCUUGAAUUCAGGACAGUUCGUGGAAGAUGUGGAAAUGGAAGAUCUGUCCUCUUACCCUAUAGCCGUUCCUGAGACUGGAGAAGGACUGGGACCAAAGCCUUUCUAGCUAAUUAACUCAACAUGAUAAAUUCUUUAUUUUAAAUGAAACUGAUUGAUUACUGACAAUGAGCUACAGUUUGGCAGGGCAGCACUUUAAUUUUACGUUUUGUUAUUUUAGUUUGUUAUUUUCUUAGUUUCCAUCGAUUAAGUGGGAAGGACCCCAGGUCCGACCUCCAAAUGCUGGAGGGCUUGGACUUUCCCUUUAUGUUGAUUUUAUGAUUUGCUGCCAUUUGUCUCUACUUGUAUCUAUAUAACUUUUAUUUCAAUAAAAUUUAUGAAUUUCCUGGUAA